AUGACCAAUUUCAAGACCCCUGUUGUGCUGGACACAGGGUCUGGUUUGAUGAAAGCGGGGUUUGCUGAUCAGGACCUCCCGACUACUAUAUUCCCAAAUAUCAUUGGGCUGCCAAAAUACGAGGAAAUAAUGAAUGGCUACUUGGAACGGGAGAACUAUAUUGGACAUGAGGCUCAACAUAUGAGAGGAGUCCUGGCACUGAAGUAUCCCAUGAAGAACGGAAUUAUACGCAACUGGGAUGAAAUGGAAAAGAUUUGGCACCACACAUUCCAGCAGUUGCAUGUGGAACCAGACGAUCACCCUGUCCUAUUGACCGAGGCAGCCAUGAACCCACUGGAGAACCGUCAGCGCAUGGUGGAACUCAUGUUUGAGCGCUUCAAUGUUCCACUCACCUACGUGGCCAUGCAGGCGGUGCUGGCACUUUACGCAGCAGGGAGAACCACAGGUGUAGUGUUUGACUCUGGGGAUGGAGUGAGCCAUAGUGUGCCAGUGUUUGAGGGAUACUGUCUACCACACGCAGUGCAGCGCUGCACCUUGGCUGGCCAUGAUGUUACAAUGCACCUUAAAAAGCUUCUGCAGGAGCAGGGGUUCUGCAUGCGCACUUCUGCCGAGAUGGAGAUUGUGAGGGAGAUGAAGGAGAAAUGCUGCCGGGUGUCCCAGGACUAUGAAUCUGAGCUAACCUGUGGAGGGUCGGCCAGCAGUGCGAUGUAUUACACCAUGCCUGAUGGACAAGUCGUCCACCUCGGCACAGAGCGGUUCAGGGCUCCUGAGAUUCUGUUUAAGCCAGAGCUGAUUGGACGAGACCAUUACGGGAUGCAUGAGAGUAUUUUCAAGUCUAUCCUUAAUUCAGACAUUGACCUCCGGCGGAGUUUUUUGGGGAACAUUGUCCUAUCAGGUGGAAAUACCCUGUUGGCUGGCCUGCCUGAGCGGCUUCAGAGUGAAAUUAGAACCAUGGUGCCUACAGAUUUGGGGGAGUGUGUUCGGGUGACAAGCCCUAAGGACAGAGAUUGCUCUGUAUGGAGCGGAGGUGCAGUGCUGGCCAACUUGUCUUCCUUUGCCUCGGCCUGGAUCAGCCAAGAGGAAUAUGAGGAAUAUGGCCCCCAGAUUGUUUUCAGGAAGUGCUUCUGA